AUGUACCAUCCACUUGCUCGUGGUCCACUAAGGUAUCGAACGCGUUCAAAGAACCCCUUGAGUGGAAAAGCUGAGAACCAUUUAUUUAGCUUUGCCGAGCUGAGUAACUGUCCCAUUUAUGAUCUAGAUGUACCAUCAUCGCAUUGGCAGAUACCAGGGUCUCGAGGAAACUUGACAGCAAUCGGUACGGCUUUGAAUGCGUCACCAAACGAUCUUCUUCUGUUGUAG